UGGUCUUUACAGGUCAUUUUUUUUCUGAUUUUCCUGUGGCUUUUCUUUCUCUGCAAAUAUCCAGAAUGUCUGGACGAGGCAAGCAAGGCGGAAAAGCUCGCGCUAAAGCUAAGACUCGCUCUUCUAGGGCUGGUCUCCAGUUUCCAGUGGGCCGAGUGCAUCGCCUGCUCCGAAAAGGCAACUAUUCCGAGCGGGUUGGCGCUGGUGCUCCGGUGUAUUUAGCGGCGGUGCUGGAGUAUCUGACCGCUGAGAUCCUGGAGCUGGCGGGCAACGCGGCACGAGACAACAAGAAGACCCGCAUCAUCCCGCGCCACUUGCAGUUGGCCAUCCGCAACGACGAAGAGCUCAACAAGCUGUUGGGUCGUGUAACCAUCGCUCAGGGCGGCGUCCUGCCCAACAUCCAGGCGGUGCUGCUGCCCAAGAAGACCGAGAGCCACCACAAGGCCAAGGGCAAGUGAUUUGACAGGGACCUGAGCUUCCGGAAGUGCUUUCAAACCCAAAGGCUCUUUUCAGAGCCCCCUA